GAAACUCUGUCAUGUACCAGUCAUUCAGAAACCUCUCUUUUUGCUAAGGAUGGAAAACACAAUGGAUUCUGUCAUCAACAUGAGGAUAACAACUGGACCACAAGAAUUUUGCGAGGCAGACGACAGGCUGCACUUCCGAAGCACCGAGGAUCGAGAAAACCUCCCAUACUUCAUCUGAUUCCAGCUGCAUAUUCAACAAAUGAAAUGCUUGACCUCACAGAAGUUAUCUGGAAAAAGAGCGCAGGACAGGGUCAAUGCUUUGAACACCAUGGAAAAUCUGUUGUCAUGAAGGAGAAUGGAUUUUAUUUUAUAUAUAGCCAGGUUCUGUUCCAUGACAUCACAUUCACAAUGGGUCAACUGAUGAUGCGAACAAUCCCCAGUAAGGAAAACAAGACCCAGAUACUCUUCAAAUGUGUACAGAGCAUGUCCGCCUGGGAAGCUUAUUCUCACAACUCCUGCUACAGUGCAGGUGUUUAUGAACUUCAGAAGGAAGAUGUUAUUCAGCUCCUGAUCCCACGAUUCAAUGCAACUGUUGACAUGAGCAGCCAUGCCACAUUCAUGGGGAUAAUGAAGCUGUAGGACUUCAAUUCCCAUAAUUUAAUGUAGCACUAAACCCACUCUGUUCUCAGCAUGAAAAGAAAAUUGUAGCAGUUUUCCUAUCUUAGUUAACAUCACAUCAGUGAGGUGAUAAAUAACAAAAUAGUUGAUUUUGUUUUAACUUAAUAAACCAGUGAUGUUAAAUAUUUGAAACUGAUCAUUUCGUCCAAGCAAUUUUCAUAUUUUGCAAUGUUAGUGGUUUUGCAUUAACUUUUUCAGAAAGGGAACAUUUUUGUAUUUCUUGUUGUGGGAUAAAGCGAUUAAAUGCACUUUGUUAAAAAGAAAUGCAAUCUAAAGGAUAUUUUUAAUCAUAUGGUUUUGAGAUCCCAGAGUCUACAGAAACUGAAACUAUAAAAGACAUCUGAUUGGUGUUAGUAAUUAUCUUGCAGUAUGUUACUGAGCAAGGUUUAAAGAAUUGUGAGGUAGUGGUCAA